GGGUGGCGGACAUCUGACACAGUCUCUCCUCUUCACACGCUUGUCCUGGCAGUGGCUGUUUAAUUUGGGUGAAAGGUUGCUUUCAUUGUCUGAUUUUGUUUUUUUUUAAGGCUGCACCUAAAUUAACUUCCUGCUCGUAAAGAAUUUUUUUUAUGAUCCUCAUGCCACUGUCACACAGGAAGUGACCAACAGGAAGUGCUCACAUCUAGUGUAACUCAGACAGGUGUGUUAGUACAGUAGUUGUGGCUUAAAAAACACAAAGACCAGGGGCGGUGCAGAAACUGUUUGAGAUCCUCCUGAGCCUGUGUCGUUGAGGUAAAACCGAAGACCGAAGCGGAAUGGAAAAGACCGAACAUAGGCCGCACAGGGACCUGGUGCUGGGCGUCUACAUCGUCACCUUCGUGGCCGGCGUUCCCGCCAACCUCCUGGCGCUGGUCGCCUUCACCCGAAAAGUGCGCCAGAAGGCCACGCCCAUCGACAUCCUCCUCCUCAACCUGACCGUGUCCGACCUCAUCUUCCUCGCCUUCCUCCCCUUCAAGAUGAAGGAGGCGGCCGACGACAUGCAGUGGAACAUGCCCUACUUCCUGUGCCCGCUGUCCGGCUUCCUGUUCUACGCCACCAUCUACAACAGCACCUUCUUCCUGACCGCCGUCAGCGUGGAGCGCUACCUGGGCGUGGCCUUCCCCAUCAAGUACAAGCUGAAGCGGCGGCCCGCGUACGCCGUGGUGGCCAGCGUGGUCUUCUGGGUCGUCUCCCUGGGCCACUGCAGCAUCGUCUACAUCAUGCAGUACUUCGAGCACGGCAACAGCUCGCAGCCCGCCCCGCAGGAGAGGAGCACCUGCUACGUGGAGUUCACGCCGGCCCAGCUGGAGGUGCUGCUGCCCGUGCGCCUGGAGCUCUUCCUGGUGCUCUUCUGCAUCCCCUUCCUGGUCUGCUCCUUCUGCUACGUCAACUUCAUCCGCAUCCUGUGCCGGCUGCCCAACAUCAGCCUGCCCAAGCGGCAGCGGGCCAUCGGCAUGGCGCUGGGCACGCUGCUGGUCUUCGCGCUCUGCUUCGGGCCCUACAACGUCUCGCACGUGGUGGGCUUCGCCUCCCGGGAGAGCCCCCCCUGGCGCGUCUACGCCCUCCUGUUCAGCACCUUCAACGCCUGCCUGGACCCGCUCAUCUUCUACUUCUCGUCCUCGGCGGUGCGCGGCAUGCUCAGGAGCGUCCUGCGGGGCGCGGCGGGGCGGCUCCGCCCGUCCUGCGCGGGGGACAAGGCGCGCUGCUACCCCCACAUGGUCUGCACCGCCACCGAGGAGAGCACCCAGUGCUCCAACGAGACGUCCUGAGGCCGCCGCCGCGGCGCCGUGCCGGAAAACGGGGUACGCUCUGGUUACUCCUCCCCCCGUCCAUUACACACUCCUCAGACUCAAAGACGCAAAAAGGUGACUGAAAAUGUACAACGCUCAUCCCUGGGACGGUACCCUCCUGGUGCAUUGAAACUGUACCUCCAAGCAACGUGGUUUAAAUGAUUCAUUUGUACUUUUUUUUUCCUUUUCUUUUUUUGCUUGUAGCAGGUGCCUAUUAGUAGCACCCGAAGAGCGUUAACGUACAUUUCCGAGCUCGUUUGGAAAGCUUGUUCCGGAAAGAACAAAGAUGUUCCGCCACCGGUUCCGUUAUUUCGGACAGUGCUCCUCCCGGGUUGUCGGUGUGGAGUUGUGGUUCUCCCACCCGUAGCCGGCUACAACCCCCCGCUCUCAGCACUUUUUCCGCCUCUCUCUCCGAAAAGGCGGUUCGUUUUUUUACGGCCUGCGAGCGUCGGUAAAAUCACGGCUUGUGAGCCGCAGAUUUAUCUGCGCGAGGACCUUGCCGUCGUUGCACAAAACGGCUGCUGUGUCCAACGCUCGUCGGAUUUGUGUGCGUUUUAUCGUCCUCCAAAGGCACUUGCUCAGGAGAGAUUUAACAGUGCGCAUAAAACAAUUUUAUACACAAGAACAGAAUGUGAUGUGUACAUAAGCUGUAGGUUCUGUAACGUAUGCGCGUACAGAUAUUUGUAUAUAAAAUGAACGUGCUCUCAUGGUUUUAAUAUAUUGAUGCUAAUUUCAUCCGUCCAGGCUUUAACAUUGUAAUCUAUUGAUGCAAUUGGUUAUUUUGAAAUGUUAAAGGUAUAGAAUGGAGUGCACCUUAUUUGUUAUUUAGUUGAGAAUACUUAUUUUAGAUAAGCUAAGACAUAAAACAUAAAAAGAUACAGAUGUUAAAUAUUACAUUUUUGCAUUCGCUGUCUGUGGUAAAAAGUCACCAGUGACCAGCAGGUCAAACAUUUAAGCCAAGUAAAUGGGUUCUUUAAGUCUGAUAGUAGUAGCCUGUAUUUAACUUAUUUCAUUUUUGGAAAUAGACAUUUCAUUGUAAUGGUAACCUGGUGUAUUUGACUGUUUCCUGAGUUAGUAUCAGGGGGAUUCAUCCUCAGAUCAAAGAAUGUUUUGGACCAAUCACAGUCAUCCUUUGCUUCAGAAUCUCAGGUGCUGAUUGGCUGAAGGGCUUUGAUGACUGUGAAAUAUAAUAUAAUUUAUAAUCUAUCACCUAUUGCCAGGAGAUCCCACUUCUUCAGAGGGGUACUUUGGGUAUUUAAGCGAUUACUCAUAGUUGCUGCUGGAUUAUGUAACAUAUUAGCACAAUAGUUGUAUGAUAUUUUCCUUUUUUUUCUUUUUUUUAAGCAAUAAAGAAUCUCAAACUUCACCCAAGAAGACAAAAAACUAAAUAAAAAAACCUAGGAUGUGGGGCUUGAUAGGACAGACUGCAAACACAGUUCUGGUCUGUCAUGUUUUACAGUGUAUGCUGCUUCUUCUAACAUUGCACAUCUUCGUUAUUGAUGUAAAUUUGUUUAAGUAUUCAGGAAUCUACACGUCGACGCCAAUGCACUUUAUGUUGCCUAGUGUAAUAAGUUGUCAUAAUAACUUAAUAAAUAUUCAAUAAGUUUUGUAUGUCUA